AUGUCAAGACAGGGCUUAAGAAAGGUUUGUUUUGAAGAUUACGAUGGAGUCAUUGGAUUUGUGAACACCGGGUGUCACUGGAAGUGUGUGUAUCUGAAUGCUAUCACACAACAGAUAUUUAUGCUGGACCCAUUAAAAACAUUAAAAGAAGCAGAUGACACACAAAUGGCUGCUCAAAGAUUUGGACAAUACUUUAAAAUGAGAAGGAAUCGCUUGGGGAAGGAGGACUGGAUCCAUAUUACAUGGAAACCAGGGAACAUUCCACACACACACCAACAGGAUUCUGUCAGCUGUGGAGUUUUUGUCAUGCAGAUGGUUAAAGCUUUGGCAAUAUCGUUCCCUUAUAUCCCCAAGGGCAUUCAAGUGGAGACAACCCAAAAAGCCAUGGGAAAUCUGAGAAAGGAGAUGGCUGAGGAGAUUCUCAGAAUGAGUGCGUCAGACUUCUGUUCGCUGUGUGGGCUCCAAAACUCAAACGCAAAUGGAGCUACUUGGAUUCAGUGUGACAAUUGCCAGGGAUGGUUCCACAUUGAGUGUGUCGAAAUGGCCCAAGAAGACAUCCCGGACCAAAAAGUGGAAUGGCUUUGUCAGUGGUGUUGA